UCUCCUUAGGGAGGCGGAUGCAGUGAUUCAGCUGUUUUUCCUUGUGGCUGGAUAAUUUAUGUUUGAGAAGGAGAUUGGCUCCUUGCCCUUCGUUUAUUUCAUCCUUCUCAGUUCUGAAUUAUCAGAGCAAAGCCCAGGGUUGUUUUGUUUCAGAGCAUUCGGUUUCUUUUUUCUUAACCUGCCUACUUUGCCUUUCUUUUUCUUUGACUUCAACUACCACUCAGCAGUUCAAGAAACACUGUAUCAAGAAAACAUGAAGAUGUUGCUGCAGCACAGUUGCUGGAGAGAUAUUUCUAUGCCUGCCGUUUCCUGAGACAUCUUCUUGUUGGCUUUUUAUUACAGCUCAGGGCAGCUAGCAAGCAGUAAAGUUGUUAUUCGAUUUCUAUAAUCGGAACAUUUAGAACUGAUACAAAGAGACAAUAUAUUUAUUUUGAGAGCCUGAAAGUUUUCACAAGAGUGCUAUAGAGCAGACUGAAACAGAAAGCUUUUUCUUUUCUUUUUCUUCCCUCCUAUUCAUGAGUGACUGUGUCAAACUCUUCAAAGGAAAAUGAGCAUUCAAUAACAUCACUUCUCCGGCUGCAGUAUGUUCACUUGGCUGGGACUUGAUGAGAGGCAAAGGAAAGACCCUGAAGUAUUCCAGACUGUGAGUGAGGGUCUCAAAAGGCUUUACCGCACCAAGCUUCUGCCUCUGGAAGAACACUAUAAAUUCCAUGAGUUUCAUUCACCUGCCUUGGAAAAUGCAGAUUUUGACAAUAAGCCCAUGGUCCUUCUUGUGGGGCAGUAUUCCACCGGGAAGACCACCUUCAUAAGGUACCUUCUUGAACAAGAUUUUCCUGGGAUGCGGAUUGGGCCUGAGCCCACCACAGAUUCUUUCACUGCUGUGAUGAAGGGAGAUGUGGAGGGCAUCAUUCCUGGAAAUGCAUUGGUAGUAGAUCCCAAAAAGCCUUUUAGGAAGCUGAAUGCCUUUGGCAAUGCCUUCUUGAACAGAUUAAUAUGUGCUCAACUGCCGAACCCAGUACUGGAGAGCAUCAGCAUUAUCGAUACUCCAGGAAUUCUUUCUGGGGAGAAACAAAGAACUAGCCGAGGUUAUGAUUUUGCUGCUGUCCUGGAAUGGUUUGCAGAGAGGGUUGACCGCAUCAUUCUUCUUUUUGAUGCUCACAAGUUAGAUAUUUCAGAUGAAUUUUCAGAGGUCAUCAAAGCUCUGAAAAACCAUGAGGAUAAAAUGAGGGUAGUACUCAACAAAGCAGACCAAAUUGAGACCCAACAGCUCAUGAGAGUUUAUGGUGCUCUGAUGUGGUCUCUAGGGAAGAUUGUCAAUACACCUGAGGUGCUCAGGGUCUACAUUGGGUCCUUCUGGUCACACCCAUUGCUUAUCCCGGAUAAUCGGAAGCUCUUUGAGGCUGAGGCGCAGGACCUCUUCAGAGAUAUCCAAAGCUUGCCUCGCAAUGCAGCCCUUCGGAAAUUAAAUGAUCUCAUUAAACGAGCACGGCUAGCUAAGGUUCAUGCUUACAUCAUUAGCUCACUUAAGAAAGAAAUGCCAUCAGUGUUUGGCAAAGACAAUAAGAAGAAAGAACUUGUGAAGAAUUUGAGAGUGAUUUAUGGACGAAUUGAACGGGAGUAUCAGAUUUCACCAGGAGACUUUCCCAAUCUGAAAAAGAUGCAGGAGCUCCUUCAGGCUCAAGAUUUCAGCAAGUUCCAGCCAAUAAAAAGCAAGUUGUUGGAUGCCGUAGAAGAUAUGCUAUCCAAAGACAUUGCAAAGCUCAUGGUGCUGGUACGCAAGGAGGAGUCCCACAAGCCUAUCCAAACAGUGAAAGGUGGAGCUUUUGAAGGCACUCUACAAGGCCCAUUUGGACAUGGCUAUGGUGAAGGAGCAGGAGAAGGAAUUGAUGACAUAAACUGGGUGGUAUCCAGAGAUAAGCCCAUAUAUGAUGAGAUCUUCUACACGUUGUCACCCAUUAAUGGGAAAAUAACUGGUGCUAAUGCUAAGAAGGAACUCGUGAAAUCCAAGCUUCCUAACACAGUGUUAGGCAAAAUAUGGAAACUGUCCGAUAUUGAUAGGGAUGGGAUGCUGGAUGAUGAAGAGUUUGCUUUGGCCAAUCAUCUUGUAAAAGUUAAGCUAGAGGGCCAUGAGCUCCCCAGUGAACUCCCAGUUCAUCUUGUUCCACCAUCUAAAAGGAAACUAGCAGAGUGAGAAGCCACAAGACCGAAAUUUGGGAAGGGAGUGAUAUCUGUUGGAUUGCAGCAAUUAUCUGGUGUGUAGCGGAACAAGAAAUAAUAUCUAAAUUGAAUAGCUUUUCUUUAUGAUUUCCAAUUAGCUUCACUUUUGUAACUCCUCUUUCCUGAUACAUGUUAAUAACAGAAAGUGAUGGCAGGAAUUAAGGGAAUGAAAUUGGCUGUGAUCUAUAAAUUGUUCAGUACUGUUUGAACCUCUUAUUGGUUUUUUUCUGGGGGAAGUGUAAUUGAACCCAUGCCCCCUUCCUCCCCCAAAAGGUCUUGUAUGAACCAUACCUCUAGAGCAGGGGUCCUCAAACGAAGGCCCUCCAAGGUCAUUGUUGUUCUUGUUAUGUGCUUUCAAGUCAUUUCAGAAGUAGGUUGACUCUGAGCAAAGGCCAGGUAAAUGACCUUGGAGGGCCAUAUCCUGCCCCCGGGCCUUAGUUUGAGGACCCUUGCUCUAGUGCUUCUCAGCCUUUGCCUGUGUACUUCCUCCUUCCCCAUUACCAAGCAGUCGAAAUGUCUCCUGCUUCCUUUCCCUCUUUCAGGAGGAAUUAAUUAAACUGAAUAAAUCAUUAUUUAAAACAAAUUAAAUCUGAUCUGAAUGUUCUACGGAUUUCUAAGUCCACUGUCGGUUGUCACAGUCUGGAAGUUACAAUAAAGACAAAUAGACAGAAAGACACAUAUUAUCGUUCAUUAUUAUAGGCUCCAUGCUUCCCGACAGAAAUAUGAAUGGUGAUUAUGGUACCUACUUACUUACUUACUUAGGCGAUCCCUCGUAGCUCGAGGAUAAUUGUCUUCCAGAUGUGGUGUCCUGGCAGUGAGUCCGUAGGUGGUUGUGGUGCCCUAUUCUUGAUCCGCAUGUUCUCCCGCAGUUAAGACAUCGGUUUCCAGAUGGAAGGUGGUCCCAGUCAGCGUUGGCUUGACAUGCCUUUCUCUUGGCAUGUUUCUCCCUUUCACCUUCCAUUCGUGCCUCUUUGAAUUCUGCAGCACUGCUGACCACAUCUUACCUCCAGUUAGAUUGCUCAAGGGCCAGGGCUUCCCAGUUGUCGGUGUCUAUACCACAGUUUUUAAGGUUGGCUUUAAGCCCAUCUUUAAAUUUCUUUUCCUGACCACCAACAUUCCAUUUCCCAUUCUUGAGUUCGGAGUAGAGUAAUUACUUUAGGAGAUGGUAACUGGGCAUUUGGACUACAUGGCUAAUCCAGCGAAGUUGAUGGCGGAGGAGCAUCACUUCAAUGCUGGUGGUCUUUGCUUCUUCCAGCACGCUGACAUUUGUCCGCUUGUCUUCCCAAGAGAUUUUCAGGAUUUUUCAGAGGCAGCGCUGAUGGAAUCGUUCCAGGAGUUGCGUAUGACAUCUGUAGACAGUCCCCGUUUCGCAGGCGUAUGAUAGGGUUGGGAGGACCAUGGCUUUAUAAACAAACACCUUGGUAUCCCUACAGAUGUCCCAGUCCUCAAACACUCUCUGCUUCAUUUGAAAGAAUGCUACACUCGCAGAGCUUAGGUAGUGUUGUAUUUCAGUGUCAAUGCGACUUUUGUGGAGAGGUGGCUGCCAAGAUAGCAGAAAUGGUCAACAUUUUUAAUAUUACAUCAUUAAUCUGUAUUUCUGGCAUUGGAGAGGAAUUGGUUGGUGACUGCCAGAAAAGCACUUUGGCUUUCUCGAUGUUCAAUGACAGGCCGAGCUUCUCGUAUGCUUCUGAAAAGGUGUUUAGAGUGGCUUGUAGGUCUCUUUCUGAAUGCGCAGAGAUGACAUUGUCAUCAGCAUAUUGUAGUUCUAUAACAGAUAUUAUUAUAACCUUGUUUUUGGCUUUCAGUCUGCUGAGGUUAAAUAGCUUGCCAUCUGUCCGAUAGAUGAUUUCCACUCCAAUGGGAAGUUUCCCAUCAACAAGAUGAAGUAUCAUAGCAAUGAAGAUGGAAAAUAAGGUUGGAGCAAUAACACAUCUCUGUGUGAUACCUGAUUCCACCUUAAAUGGGUCACUUUGGGAGCCAUUGCUGUUCAAGACCAUUGCCAUCAUGUCAUCAAGUAAGAGUUUCAGGAUGUUCACAAAUUUGUCAGGAGGAUGGUCCAGAGAGCACUGUGAUUCACUGUGUCGAAUGCCUUUGCAAGGUCAAUGAAUACCAUGUAAAGAGCUUGAUUUUGUUCCCUGCAUUUUUCUUGGAGCUGUGUUGAUUAUGGUACCACAUUGAGAAAUACAGUGUUUAUAGAAUAUUUGUGAUACAUGUUUAUUUACAAAAAACUCUAGACCCGAUUCUAGGCCAUUUUAGCCACAGGAAGUUUAUGGUCAUGAGAUUAAGGAAACCCUCCACUGCAAAUAGCACAUUAUUAGAACAUGUUUCUUGUGCUUUGGAAUAUGGUAUUCAACUUUAAAGCCACACAUCUUUUCCUAGUUAAUGCAGCAAAUACUGCUGGCAUUCACAGACCUAUGUUUAGGAGACCAAUGUAUGUUGGAAAUAACAGUGCUCAGAAAACAGAGCUCAGUUUGCUCAAAGGAGCCAUUUCCCAACUGUGGAAAUUAUGAUACUUUGUCAGAGAUGAGUACCAAGAAUCAAUAAUCUUCCUAGUAUAUCCCUAUCCCCUAAAGAUAAGAGCUGUUAUUUUCAAAUUUUGAAUUUAGGUUCCAUCCCAUGGGAGGGAUAAUAGUAUUCAGUCACACUAUACUUGUCUUUAACACCACAGAUUUGUGAAGGAACACAUGACUACUCAUUAGUAUUAUUUAUUCAUAUAGAUACAUUUUGUUUUUCAUUUAUUUUCUGUUUUGUCCAUUGCUGAGAGGAGGGGAUACAGCUUGUAACACAUCAGUCCUCUCGGUCAGCAUGAAAAUAACACAUAGAUCACAUCCUCCACCUCCUCUUCCCAACUCACCUGUUAUGUUUCUGCAAUACAGUACAACCCCCCAUGUCCACAGGAGAUAUGUUCUUGAGUCUACUUUGGAAACAUUAAACCAUGGAUCAUAGCAAAACAUAAUGAAAUUAUUAAUUUCUACCAUACAGUUGCCUUGAAGGGACCUAAAACUUACUAGAGAAGGAAUUUUCUAUGUCCUCUACAAUGAGUCAAUGAUAACUUCCAGUGGAAGAAUAGAAUCUCUUGGAGACCCUAGAAAAUCUUUACAGAGGACUUGUUUUGUUGGAUGUGGAUAGGUGAAACCAUGAGUAUUACCCCUGAAAGUUCAUGGUUCUGGGUCAUGCUACUUCCAGAUGUUGUUCCUCUGCCUCAUUUCAAAUUAUACCUCUUAUUCAUCAUCACCAUCCCUUUGGUAUCAACAUCUCAAAUGAGACCAUAGUCCUCCACUUUGUAUAUGCUAAGCUUCUACUAUGACUUGUUGAGCUGGAAAGGACAAAGAACUAGGACAAACUUAUUCAAUAUCUUUGUGUUAAUACUAUAUAAGGAAAUUGAUGUAUUCUCUCUGUAUAAACAUCACUGUGGUGUAUUUAUCUGUUUUUAUUAAAAGGAAAAAUGCAUUAAACUUUUUUUGCACUUAAUUCUUGGCACUCAGUCCAGGAAAGCAAUUAAAAAUCGAAACUAAGUUCUAUUUUAUUGGAUGUACCUAUGCUUGCAUGUGCUUUAUUUGGAAGGUUUCACAGAAUCCUUGCAUGCCUAAACUUGUUUCUAAAUCCCCAGAGAGCUUUUGUUCUAAAUGACAUAUUGUAACUGAGCUUCAGUUCUACAGGACAGGAGCAAAAUAGUCAGGAAAGGGACCAUGGCAGAUUAAUAUGCAUAUAAAUUGAGGUUUUACUAUCUAGUGGAUCAUGAAGAUAGUUAUCGUAACAUAAAUUGACAUAAAUUGACAGGAGAC